AGUCUGUCAGAACCAGUGUUUAUUUCAGGAGGGUAGAGGUGGGCCACCUGGUUGCCAGGGGAACCAAGUUUGGUCUUGCUCAUAUUACAAAGAUCUCCUGGUCUCUUUCUCUGUGUGUCCUUGCUGGGAAGCAUAGCUCUGUUGGAAACUUUGGGAUUCCCUUUAAAGGACUGACUGAGGAUAUUUCAUGUUUUGCUGAUAAUUUGCUGAAAUUUUAAGGUGUAAACUCCAAACACUGGUGUUCUUUCGUCAUCACAAUGCAACGUUUAGUACUGCGGGUGCUUUUAUCGUCUUUGCUGCUUCUAGCAGUUGUUCCUUUUGCACACUCACAACCAGAUUGUUCCCAGGCUGAGUCAUGUGAUCUGUGUGUUGGAGAAUCCAUGCUUAACCUGACUGGCUGCGUCUGGAGGCUUUGCCCAACUGGUAAUGAUACAGGCAUGUGUGUGACUGAUCGAGGGGAUUCUGCAGACACUGGCAUGAACUGCAGCUGGACCAGAGUGUCUGAACUAUGCACAGUUAUAGAGACUGCCGCAGGUGGAGAUGAAAGUGACUCAGGUGGUGACAGCAGCUCCAAAUCCUCUGAGUUUUCCCAGGCCAAGUUUGACAUGUCCAGCUUCAUAGGCGGGAUCUUACUGGUGCUGUGCCUGCAGGCUGGCGGCUUCCUCGCCAUGCGUUUCCUGAAAUCCAAAGAGCAGAGCAGCUAUGACCCCAUAGAGCAGCCACAGUGAGGACAAGAUGUUUGAAGGGCAAUCAGACAGGAGAGCAGCAGCAGCAGCAGAGCGGUGACUCAUCAAGGAAUGACGACAAGAUUUAUUUUACUGUUGUUUUUUGAGCCCCUGUCAUUUUUAGUUUGGUGCCCUUCAUAAACCCCCCUGGGAUGUCUGUGUUUAUGAAAUACAUUUUUCCCUUGAUUUUGACUAUAUUCAGCUAGUAUUUACAUCAGUGAAUUUGAAAUGCGUGCUGUGAAUUUUGCAGCACAGCUUUGGAUAAGGAUUAAAUAAAUUUGUGCAGACAGUAGGUCAGAAAAAAACUUUGACAAGACUUUGAAACCCAAAAUAGGUUUGUUUAUAAAAGAGACCUAGGGGCUGCAUUUGAUCCAUCUCUGCUUCAUGUGCAUUUAAGAAGCUUUACAUUAAAUAUUUUCUUCCUGUACAGUGGAGCUUUAAUGUUUGUGAUCUCAUUCUUCUUUAUUUAUUAUUUUGGUCAAGGCAUGCCAUUUCUCUGCUUUUGCACAACCACUUUCAGUAGACGGAUCAUGAACAGCCAUUUGCAGAACUUAAUGACAAGCAGUUAAGGUAAUUCACUCCUUUGAAUCAGAUUUUCCUGCAGCAGAGAAAAGUUCUAAACAUUCAUACCAGUGUCCAAAGGACCCUAAUUGGAAAGAAAUCUAUGUUAGGUAUUAUAGAAUGACUCUUUAGUUUUGUAAUUCGUGUUAAAGCUUAACAAUUAGUUAGCAAGCUGAAUAUUUUAUUUGGAAUUGCGUUACAUUGUUCAUUUUACUAUUUAUUGUUUUCUUUGUGAUGAUGAUGCAACCACCGCAAUGCUGAAAUGCCGUGUUUUCUUUUUCACCAAACGUUUGUCUCCUUGGCUCCGGCUCACUUCGCCUCUUUGUCACGUCAUACCCCUCUUUCAUACCCACGCAUUACCAUUUCAUCUGUCUUACUUCUAUUUCAUCCCCGUCAACAAACCAUCUUGUACUAAAAAAAUUGCAUAUCAGUUUAUUUCUCGUAUUUUUUAAGAAUUGUGAAAAAAAGUAGGACUUUAUAUUAAACUCACUGACUGGGUUCUUAUUGUUUGGGCCAUUUGACUGCAAUAUGUUUUCAUCUGAAUUAAUUUUGAUGCCGGUUGUGGGCAUAAAUACAUGGCUUAUUUUUUUGUGUUGUCAUGUCAUUGCUUGAAUAAACCCUGGAUAACCAUC